AUAAAAAUAUGUUGGUCAUAAUUUUAAUAUGUUUGAUAGCAAUUGCGUUUUACAUAAAAUUCAGAUAUUCGCGUUUCUCUUUGUACAAGUUUGCCAAAACGUUUCCGACUGAUGGUGAUCUGCCGAUUUUAGGACACACCCAUUGGUUUAUCGGAGGACCUGAAAAAAUAUAUAACAAUUUACGUACUUUGGUGAAGGCUGCUGAGGUCAGAGGGAGGGUUAGUUCGAUUUGGAUUGGCCCAACUUUAUAUGUAGUGUCAUUCAAUCCCGAGGAUGUGCAGAAGAUUUUGGAGACUUGCCUCGAAAAGGAUAACAGCUAUAAAUACCUUCAAGCUUGGCUCGGAAAUGGACUAUUUGUUGCACCAAAAACGUCUAUGGGCAAGAAAAUGGACGUCCAACACCACCCUGACACGCCAUACCUGCGCGCGCGCAAGACAGUGAUGUCUAUCAUCAACAUGCGACUGUUCAAGGCGUGGUUGCAACCUGACGUACUAUUUAACUUAACGUCUCAUUCCGCGGUCCAGAAAGAAAACAUUGAUGCCACUCACAAGUUUACUGAUGAGGUAAUACAGGACAAGAUUGCUCACUUUGAUGAAGAGAACUGCAAAGAAGGUCGUAAGGACAUAUUACAGUUACUAUUAGAGAGAAAGUUGGCCUUCAGUAACGUAGAGCUACGGGAACACAUAGACUCUAUUACCUUAGCUGGUAACGAUACCACGGCUCUUGUCAUAUCUUAUGCAUUAUUGUUAUUGGGAAUGCAUCAGGAUGCACAGGAAGAAGUUUAUAAAGAAUUGAAAAGUAUUUUUGGUGACUCUCAAAGAAUGCCAACCAAAGAAGAUAUUUCGAGGAUGGAUUAUUUAGACAGGGUUAUCAGGGAAACCAUGCGAUUGUACACAGUUGUGCCUUUAAUUGGACGAAAAACUCGGACGGAAUUAAAGCUUUCAACAUGCACAGUUCCGGCUGGCGUCGGCUGCGUUGUAAUACCCAUGGUGUUGCAUCGCUCUAAGAGGCUGUGGGGUCCUGACGCCGACUGUUUCAAUCCAGAUAGAUUUCUCCCAGAAAACUGCGCGACCAGACAUCCGUGUGCUUAUAUACCUUUUAGUUAUGGCACUAGGAACUGUAUAGGCCGACACUUCGGCAUGCUGGCAAUGAAAAGCGUCCUCGCUAACGUACUACGAAGUUACAAAGUAUCAUCAGAAGCAUUCGAUCGGCUCAAGAUUGAAAUCCUCCUCUUCCCAGUGCAUGGUCAUCAAAUCACAUUAGAAAAACGAAUGUAAAUAAUAUUGAUACCGCAUUCAUGACAUUAUAUCUACCUACUUUGGAUACCUGUAUAAAUUUAAAAAAGGAAAUAUAU